UUUUGUGUUACACCCAUCGCUGUUGAUCCACCAACUUCUUUUGCAACGCCAACUUUCAGACACUCCAAGCAAAUAUUUUUUUAUAACUAACCUCAUUGUUCUACCUGUGCUCCAAAUAUCCAGUUACCCACACUUGUCAAUUUCAGCAGAUCUGGGCCACGAGUGCCAACUGCGUAGUACGCAGCAUUGAUGUCCUCGAACAUGCCAGCUGUGUCGCACGCGCCUUUACGACAGCGUACGACAGACUUCACUCCCACACGGCAUUUGCAUUGCACGUGUGUUUCUAGCUAGUUUCGAGUCAACAUGGCCAAGUCAAAAGCUACACGAAAGAGUGGAGAAACUAUGAAGAUGACAAGUUCCCGUGAGACGGUGGUCCAGGGGAUGGAUGACGAGGAGCUUCAACGGGCACUGGCAGAUGACAUCAUUAGUGCUAGUGAGGAUGAGGGAGGCAGUGAUGAUGAGAGGAAACACUGCAAGCUGCUGGAGGCCAUCAGCUCGCUUGGGGGGAAGAAGAGGAAGAAGCUUACUGAACGGUCUGAAGCAAGCAUUCAGGUGUCAGAAUUCACAGUCAAUGCUGAAGGUGAAGGAGACAAAAUAAAUUUGUCUGACCUCAUUGGAACCUUGGAUAAGACCCCCAGUGCCUUAAUCAAGACGAAGAAGCAGCUGAAGAACCUUCAACACAACCAGAGCACCCUGGAGACGCCCCUGACCAGGAAGGAGACAGAAAAGAUCCAAAGAGAAGUGGCUUUUGAGAAAACGUCAAAAGAGGUGUCUCGCUGGCAGAGUGUGGUCCUACAGAACCAGAAGGCAGAGCAGCUGGUCUUCCCACUGAACCAGGAGCCCUCUGGCCCCAAACGCAUAGAGCAGGUGGUGGCUGGAUGGAAGGCCCAAACCCCCCUAGAACAGGAGAUAUUCAGCCUCCUACGCAUGAACAAGCAGCCUCUCCAUGACCCUGUCUUGACGCCCACGGAGGAGGCUUCUCUCAGGGCCAUGAGUCUGGAGGAGGCCAAGAUCCGUCGGGCAGAACUCCAAAAAACCAGAGUACUACAGUCUUAUUAUGAAGCGAAAGCCAAAAGGGAAAGAAAAAUAAAAAGCAAAAAAUACCACAGGGUACAGAAGAAAGUGAUGCGUAAGGAGUAUCUAAAACAGUUUGAUGAAAUGGUUAAGACAGACCCUGCUGCUGCCUUGGAGGAACUGAAGAAGAUGGAACUGUCAAGAAUGAAGGAACGAAUGUCUCUGAAGCACCAGAACAGUGGCAAAUGGGCCAAGUCCAAGGCCAUCAUGGCAAAAUAUGAUGAUGGGGCUCGCAAAGCCAUGCAAAUACAGCUGGAAGUGAACAAAGAUCUGACCCAGAAGUUGGUAAUCCCUGCUGACGAAGAUGAGGAGGAUGAAGAGGAGUCAGCAGAGACCUUGCCAGACUUUGUGAAUGAUGUAGAGCCCAUACUGGACCAGGUGAAUCCAUGGAUGAGAGGCAAACUUUCUACAGAGCCUAUGAUGCAGGAGGAAAGCAACCGUUUAGAUCCUCCUGUUUGGCCCAGAGAAGUGGGAAAACCAGGGGAAGGAUGGGACGACCAAGAGGAGGAUGAGGAGCAGAUGGAGGAAACUGAAGAAGAAUCACUUUUAAGAGGGUUUGAGGAGAGGCGGAAAUUGCGUCAAACUGAAGAUGUUGAGGUUGCACCUAUGUCUAUGGAGGAGAAUGACGAUGAGAAGAAAGCUGAGAUUUUAGACAUCUCUGACGAUGAUGAAGAGGCUGUAGAGAUUUCAGAUGAUGAAGAGGCUGUAGAGAUCUCUGAUGAUGAGGAGGCUGGGCUCUCAAAUUUCACCAGCCUGUUCCAUGGGCUAGUGAAGAACCACAUGGAGCCUCCAGCUGACCAGCCCAAGGCAAGCCCAGGUGCAGGCCAGGAAGAGAGCCCUGCCCUGCUGGAGGAGGGCCUGGUGCGGGUUAGGACCCUGGAGGAUGUGGAGCUGCUCAGUCAGGACAUUUCUGCCAGUGACACAGCACUUCUGACCACCCAGACUCCGGGCACAGAGGAAACAGACACUCAGUCUGCAACUCAACAGGCAGACAAAAAGAGAAAGAGAAAGAAAAUGAUUGAUCCCAAUGAGGUUCUGACCAAGGAAGCAAAGGUCAUCGAAAUGCCGUUGGCUCCAACAGCUAUUGAGGAUGUUGAGGACAAGGAGGAACAGAGGAUCAUCAUUAAAGAGGCCUUUGCAGGGGAUGAUGUCAUCUCCGACUUCCUGAAGGACAAAAGGAAACAGGAGGAGGCAGGAAGGCCAAAGGUUAUUGACCUGACGUUGCCUGGAUGGGGAGAGUGGGGGGGCCUCGGUCUCCAACCUUCUCGUAGCAAACGCAAGAGAUUCCGGGUAAAAGUUGCUCCACCUCCACCAAGGCAAGACCAAAAGCUCCCUAACAUCAUAAUCGCAGAGAAGCGGGAUUCCUCCAUUGCUGCACACCAGGUGUGUCAGUUACCGUUCCCAUUUGAGAACCCCACACAGUUCGAGCGCACCAUCCGUUCUCCUGUUGGCCACACCUGGAACACCCAAAACACAGUGCAGAAGAUCACAGCGCCAAAGGUCGUCACCCAGUUAGGUGCCAUCAUUGAGCCAAUUGCUCGGGAGGACUUAAUAAAGAACAACAGACAGGCAGUCACAAGGCCCAGUAUUAACCUGGAGUCAGACCAAGGCCCUCAGAAGAAAAGAUGCUCCCAGCAAAAGAAGAAACACAAACGCAAAAGAAACUGAUGGUCCUACUGGUUGUCAUCACUGAAAUGUCUGAGACUGUUGAUAAGAACUCAUUCUGUUCAUUAGGUUAAGGGCUUGAUUCAAUCCGUAUCGCUGAAGUUCAGCGCUAUAGUGCGAUUUGAAAUGUCAAUGUAAUUUCCAAUUGAGCUGACAUACAGCAUUUAUCGUAUAUGCUGUCUCUGCGAACGCAGACAUGUUGCCUUUUAAGUGUCAAUCACGCUACAGAUUGAAUCGAGCCGUCCGGUUGAAUUUGACUGUAGAGGGUUCUGUGUCUACUGGUUAUGUCUAUUUUAGUGGUUGACUCUGAUGAGGGGAAACCAAGCUGUGCGCUUUUCUUUUUUUUUUUGCAGUAAAUAAAACCUCGAAAUGAGACCAUGUCAUGAAAUUAUAUUGUAAACCUGAAUCUGAGAUAUAUCAACAUAAACCUGGUGUUCAAACGGAGGAUAUAAAAGUACACUUUCAUAGGAAAACAUCUGUUUUAUGAAAUUGUUUUUUGGGUUUAAAGUGCUUAAUAAAACACAUGACACCUAAUAAAGCUCACUGUCUGACCCUUUCAGGACUAUUCUGAA